AUGUUCGGCAGGAUGUCGAAGUCGAACUCCUCGACGAGGAGCAAUUCGAUAGAGACGACUGCCGAGGGAGACCAAGACGCCGAGCCUCCCAGGGGCUGCGGCGUGCCCGAGAGCAUCAUGGAGGGGUCCGACGGGGACUUCGUACCUAACAGUCCACCGCCUUCCUAUGAAUGCGUUCUCGAAGAGACUAGACAAAGAUCCCAACACGAUAGUUCCUCGCCAACAGAACCGCCUAAGUGUCCGGCCAUAAUGCAUAAAUCAAGUAAGGAACUCUACAAAGCUGUGGCCAAACAAUUCGGAAUUACAUGUAAAAUGUCGGACCAAUGCAGGUGCUUUGAUUGCCAAAGUCACUACUUCGACUGCGAGUAUGAGAAAAACGAACAAGAGAAAACGGACGGUGGCCUAGGGGCUGGAACCCCUAUGUUCAUCUCGGAAGUGAUGCACGGUACCGCAUGCACCAUAUUGUAAUCGAUGAGACUACUGGAUAUACCUAGUGAAUUGUUAAUAUAAUAUUUCAUAAAUUUUCAUCUACUCAUCUAAAUGCAUUCAAACGAAUGUGGGCAAUAGAGAUGAAUUGUCAAAGCACCGUAGUCAAACAUUUACACCAUUUAUAAGCAUUUGAGGUUCAUAAAACGAACAUUGUGAUGCUCAAUAACCUAUUGGUGAUAGAAGGAUCCUAUAAAUAGUAUUUAUCAAGAUUUUUGACCGUCCAAAUUCAAAACAAAGGUGUUACUUUCAAACAUCAUGUGUCUCCUUACUUGUAUCCUUUCAUAGUGACAAAAAAUAAAUAUGUCCCAUUUUUAUCCUACUUGCUGGACGACUUGGAAUCUUAAGUGAAAGUUUGAAUAUAAUAAUAAAACUUGUGUCACAGUUAAAAGCAAACAACAGCAAACAGGUGCUUUGGCAGCUCGGCAAGCCUUUCAAUCAGAUUUGUUAUACAAAUUCCCAUAUGCUACAGACUAUUUUCAUCUAUUUUAAACGACAAUUUAACUUGUUCUUAACAUACUAUUUACAGCGGAAUUCGGAAUUGUUUUACACCAUUGUACAUACUUUUAUAUGGUUAUUGGAUAUUGUACGAGAAAUGAGAAUUUGUCUUAGAAUAUGUACUAGAAAAUGGACCUAAUACUUUCAGGUAUUUAAUAAUACCUGAAUUAAAUAACUAAGGCUUGCAACGAACAAAGCUCCAUACAAGGUCAGUAUAAUAAUUAGUUAAAACUAACGUUGUCGUCAAAAUGUAUGUUUCGUAUUCGUGUUUCAUUAGAAUCAAUACUCAAAGAACAUUUGAACACUAUCAUAAAACUAAGAUUGUAUUCGUAAAGCUAUUAUUAAAAUAAGUUUAGUCUACAAUUAGAAAAAAGGUAGAAAGUAAAAGUUUAUU